AUGAUCACGUUGGGUGGGGCGUCUCCAGCUCGGCUAGUCUCGCCAGCUUUAGAGCGCCAGCAAAGAGGGGAAAGUCAAGGUCGAGAUUCCAAAUCGCGCUCUGGCCGCGGGGCAUCACGGCAUCGUUCGCGACACCAUCGCACGUUGUCUAAAGACCGCCCUAGGAGCGCACGCGACUACUACAGGUCAUCAUGGAACGAGGCUGACUAUUACCCGCCCGAGGAUGAUGACUCACUUAGCUGCAGCAGUGGAGGUAGUAACAACGGACGUCGGCUGCUGCACGAUGACGAGUCCGGCGGCGGCGGGAGCGACGCGGAGGGAGGUGGUGGAGUAGGUGGCGUUGGUGGCGGCAGCGGUGGUGGCGGGAUGGCGGGUUCUCAGCAGCAGCACCGCACAAUCAUUUUCAAUGACCCACAGCUGCAGAAAUACUGCAGUAAUGCCAUCAGCACGGCCAAGUAUCGCUACCGACUCCUCUUCUUCCUACCCAUGUUCCUCUUCGAACAGUUCCGGAGAUACGCUAACAUCUUUUUCCUGGUCAUCGCUCUACUGCAGCGAGUCAAAGUCGGCGACAUUAUUAAAGUCCACAACAACAACUUCUUCCCUGCCGACCUCAUCCUUCUCGCAUCCAGCGAGCCCCAGGCCAUCUGCUACAUCGAAACGGCAAAUCUUGACGGUGAGACGAACCUGAAGAUCCGACAAGGCGUGUCCCAGACGGCGCACAGACUUGAGGCCCGCGAUCUGAUCAGCUUACGAGGCCGUCUCGAGUGCGAACUGCCCAACAGAUUCCUGUAUCAGUUCACUGGCAACCUCAGUGAAGAUGCCAAGCCAGCCGUGCCUCUUAGUCCGGACCAAGUUCUGUUGCGCGGUGCUAAGUUGCAGAACACCAACUGGAUCUUCGGAGUCGUCAUCUAUACCGGCCACGAGACGAAACUAAUGAAAAAUUCUGCUGCCUCUGCUCCCCUCAAACGAUCUACCGUUGACCGGCUCACUAACCACCUCAUUAUUCUGCUGUUCGUCCUACUGAUCAUCCUGUGCCUCAUCAUGGCCGUGUGUAACUCCCAGUGGGACGCCAGCGUCCACUGGUACCUCGCAGCAACAUCAUGGAAUGAGCGAGCGCUCGUGAAAGGUGCCAAGGACCUGGGCUUCGUGUUCACCACGCGCACCCCCGACUACGUGAUACUCGACGCGCUCGGCAAGAAGGAACAGUUCCACGUGCUGCACGUGCUAGAGUUCACGUCGGCACGUAAGAGGAUGAGUGUCGUAGUACGGCUCCCUAAUAACACCAUCAAGCUCUAUUGUAAAGGAGCUGACAAUGUUAUCUAUGAUCGGCUGGCGCCGAGCAGUCAGUAUAAGGACGCCACCAUCAGACACCUGGAGGAGUUCGCAUCAGAGGGCCUGAGGACGCUCUGCUUCGCCGUAGCUGACAUAUCUCCUUCUUUCUAUGAGGGAUGGAAGAAGACGUUCUACGAGGCGAGCACGGCGCUGGAGGACCGCGAGAAGAAGCUGGAAGAUGCGGCGCAGCUCAUAGAAAAGAACCUGCAGCUGCUCGGUGCCUCGGCCAUCGAGGAUAAACUACAGGACCAGGUCCCCGAGACGAUAGCAGCGUUGCUGCUGGCGUUACUCGUUAACCUCAGCAUUUCAAGUCGGGUGUCGCCUAGUCAAAAAGCUGAAAUCGUGGAGCUGGUCAACUCGAGCUGCAAGGCCGUGACGCUGGCCAUCGGUGACGGCGCUAACGACGUAGCCAUGAUACAGAAAGCCAACGUCGGCGUGGGCAUCGCGGGACAGGAGGGCUUGCAGGCCGCGUGCGCUGCCGACUAUACCAUAGGACAGUUCAGGUUCCUGGCGCGCCUGAUGCUCGUACACGGCGCGUGGAACUACUCGCGUCUCUGUAAAGUUAUCCUCUACAGUUUUUACAAGAAUAUUUGUCUGUACGUCAUCGAGUUGUGGUGGGCGUUCAUGUCAGGCUGGUCCGGUCAAGUCAUGUUCGAGCGCUGGACCAUCGCCAUGUACAAUGUUUUAUUCACUGCAGCUCCCCCUGUGGCGAUCGGCAUAUUUGACAGAAGCUGUAGCGCCAAAACUCGCAUGGAGUAUCCUGCUCUCUAUAAGGAGAGCCAAAACGGCUCUCAGUACAAUAUGAAGGUAUUCCUGUGGUGGGUGUUCCUGGCGCUUGCUCACUCAGCCAUCGUGUUCGCCCUGCCGGUAUUCGCGAUGACGCAAGACGUGGCCUGGGGCAACGGCAAGACCGGGGGCUACCUCAUGGCCGGCAACAUGGUCUACUCUUAUGUUGUGGUGACCGUGUGUCUCAAGGCUGGACUGGAGAGCAGCGCCUGGACGUGGCCGACGCACUUGGCUAUCUGGGGCUCGAUCGUCUCAUGGUUUCUCUUCCUCUUUAUUUACUCGAACUUCUGGCCUGUGCUGCCGCUCGCCUCCAAUAUGACUGGCAUAUACAUACAAGUUUUUAUCUCGCCGCUGUUCUGGUUCGGGCUGCUUCUCAUCCCUCUCACUGCUCUUCUCAUAGAUUUCUCUGCCAAAACUUUCAUCAACAGUGUGCGCAAGAGUCUGACCGAAGAAGUGCGCGAGAGCGAGAUCUCCAACAAGGAUCUGGGCAGGAUGCUUGACACUCGAAACAGGUUGACUGAAACCGCCCGUCUGCUGAAGAACGUCUUCAGGAGAACCAACACCAGAGUUUCGCUCGACAUCGAAUUGCCUCGGAAGAAAAAGGAGACGCCACACAAAUUUAGCAACGAUGAUGGGAUGCGGCCUGAUGGCUGUCAACGUUCCAUAGCGUGGGAGGCAAAACCCCGACACCUUCGAUGAUGUUCAUCUCUGCCGUGGUGAUGGCUUCGCGUUCUCUCAAGAGGAGCACGGAGUAAUGAGGCAGUCUGAUGUGAUCCG